AGUUCGCAUUACCUCAUUGUCGGCCCUGGUUCCUUUUAAAACUGACUUGAGAGUCAAGAGAAAACAUCCAUAACGAAGAGAAACAGAACUAAAUAAGACCAAUUUUUUUGCAAGCACAAUGAGCGACGAGAAGGCWAAGUACGACGACACCAAGUACGAUCCCGAGCUCGUGGUGGAGGCCACCCCCGCCGCGGACAACGGGCCACCGAUCCUCCCGGGCCACCGCCGAUUCUACUGUGAAAAAUGCCGCACGGUACGUACGCUCGUUUCCUGUGGUGGUGAUCCCUUCCAUCCGCAUUCCGGUCCUUUUUGGGCCCCUGGAACACGAUCGCCUCGGAUUCCGUUCGGGUGGUGGCGGUGUUCGGUGGUGGCUUUGCCGUCGCGCCGCUUGUAUUUUUGUGGUGGACCGCAUCCAAUCUCAUCUCACUCGCUGCCUUUCUUGUGCAACGCUCCCCGCUUGCGCACAUUUUCUGAUGUUUGGGCAUCCCGCAAACUGCAAUGCCCGGACAGCCGUACGACCUGCCAUCGGGAGCCACGUCUUGGAGAUGCGCCAAUUGCUCGACGUUCAAUUCCACCACACCCGCGGAGUGUCCAUGCUGCGUCGUGAUGUAACCGUCCGCAAAUCUUUUUUGGAUGCAUUGGCUGCUUGCGGUGUUUUGGGAGGGGAUAGGCAUGGUUGUUCCAAAUCAAAAAACAACAACCAUGUCGAGGUUUCGACCGAAUGCGUUCGCUUGCACGCAAACGAAGACAAAAUUCAACAACGAAUAACUAUAUGUGUUUGUGUUGGGUGACUGUCAUGCUUUGACGAGAACUACCAGUUGUUGAAAAUUGUUCAUAGCAGACACUUAAAACCAGCAAGAAAAUAUAAUCGACUAGUGAUUCGAUCAGUGUGGCAGUGGAGAGCUUCGGAUCUUCGUGUUCCUUGAUGUGUUUGUGAGCGUCAAAAAGUGUGGCGAUUCAUGGUGCUUGCACAUUCCAUAGAGAACGACGAAUCGAAGGGGGUGAUGGCGCAUGCAACUCGUCGAUACAUUGGCGCCCCGUCACGAACUUUUGUCCAUUACUCGUAUUUUUCGCAGCGACGACUACAUAAAUAGAUGGUUGGCAUCGCAGUUUGUUUGAAAUCAGCAUCUCUUUUCGUGGGUCCCUUCGUCAAAACGGAGGCAAUCUCACAAAAAUACAUGUUUGAUAAGACAACGUCGUUGUUGGUUGUUUGAAAUACAUCUAGUGGUCUAAUACUCGACGAGGAAAGUGUGUUCUGCUGGUAUAGCCUCGGGCACGGCAUUUUUUUGUUCGGUGUUUGUGUGCCGACACAGCCUUUUAUGUAUGAUAUUUGGUUUAGAACAUUCAUUGUUUCGGCGUGUCGAUCGAUGGCCUAUUGUGCGUCGGGCUUGGCGUCUACAAAGUCUGCCUUGACCUUUCGUCCAAAGUGCCAAAAACUCGACAGGAACAGGGCAAUGUUGACGGCGCAGAGGGUGUAGUUCACGGGGGUCACCAGGAGCGCGUACCGGGUAAAGAAAAAUCCGGUCGCCGUCAGUGCGGCGUACUGGGGCAAGGAAAUCUUGUCCGUGGGGCGAUCCAGCUCGAGCAUGGAGGCGCCCGAGAUGAACACCUUUGACAUGGGCGCCCUGUUCGUUACGGCAUGUGGUGGUCGUUCGUUCGUUCGUUCGUUCGAACGAUCGAUCGUUCGCGCCGAUUGCGUUUGUUCGUGAAUUGCAAGACACGAGUUUCAUUCGCAGCGUUGCAUUCGUUCGCAACGAAACAGGUGCGUCGUGUUGUGUGAGAAACAAAAAGGGAUCGAAUGCGCGGGAAGCAAGAACGACAGAGAGAACGGCACGGACGGGGCAGAAGGUGCCGCAGCCGUCUCGCGCGUGCAACUCACCAAAAGUGGACGGUGAAGGGUCCGGCAUCGGCGGCGGCGAUCGWCGAAACGAUCCCGAGGUUGGCCCCCGACAGGGCGGAGCGAGCGGCCGGCCCGCCGAGAACGGCGGCCCCGGCGACCCCGCCCAGCAUGCCGACCUGCUGUGCCAUCUCCUUGACCUGUUCUUCCUCCCCGUUCUCCAUCUUGUACUCCAGGGCCCGGCGGAGCUGGUUGGUCUGGGCCAGGACGUUGGCAACGUGGCAGUACAUGAGGGACAGGUUUCGGGGCUUGACCACCCAGGCCCACCUGGCAAAGAGUCCCGAGUAGACCAUCAGGACGGGCGUCAUCGUCAGCGAGAUGACCUCCGGACCCUGGAGGGCCGAGUCGUAGAUCGCGGCGCCCGACAUGCCCCAGGCGGCGAUCGAUCCGGCAAAGCCCCAGAACUCCGGGGACUUCCACCAUCCGACCUUGGCCGGUUCCGCGGCGGUUUUGGCGGUGUCCUUGCUGAGGUACCGGUGGCCAGCGGUUCUCGCCCUGGCAACGCCCGCCCGGAAGGCCGCUGUGGAAACCGCCUGGCGCUGCGGGAGGUGCAGCUGCGGCGUUGCGCGAGAACGCGGCGCGACGGAUCUCGAGGCAUCGAGAAUGCGCCGGGACGCGAGGCGGAGGCCUCCGGCGGUAGAAAGGGAGGAAAACAUGCUGCUGGGCGGGUUGUUGCGUUCGUUUGCGCUGCGCUGCUGUUUCGGUUGGUUUGGUUUGGAUUGGUUUGGUUUGGAUUGGAUUGGAUUGGAUUGGAUCGGGUCGGUUCUGUUCACUUUUUGCGUUGCAUCUAUUGCGACUCAAACCGCAGAAGGUGUUACGUGUAAUCUUUGGUAAUCCUGCCUUCUCCUUGGCAGAAUUGUUCCUCGUUUCGAAAGUGCGGUACGCACUGUACUGUGGUUGCGUAGUUAUGUACCGUUACGUAAACUGAGGUACGAACAGGAUCCGAGACAGCCUCGAAAAAAAUCGCGCAAUGGUUGCCCCAACGAUAUUUUUGGGAGAUAGAGUCGUACCGGUAUGGAAUGAAUCUUGACAAGAGUCAUAUCGUACCGAAUCAUGGAAGUCGAGACAUAAAAAUAGACUACUACUAAGAAAACAGCAGGUUUGAC